CCCGCGGCGGACGCGGUCGGCACGGCAGAUUUAGGUUCACCCGUGUUCGCGGUCGCCGCCGGUGCCCAGGCCCCGAUCCGGCUGCUGCCUACGCCGCGGGAGACGCAGCAGCAGGCGCCGCCGCCGGCGCAGAUCGCCAUGGUGGGAUUAACCAAGGCGGCGAAGAAUCAGCAGCUCUACCGGGCGACGUUUGACAACGACGACCGGAAAAGGGUCAAUUCGACCAAGAGGAAACUGAACAAGAAGAAGAGGGACGAUCUCAAAGCGCAGAUCGAGGCUGGUGACCCGGCCGCGGCGCUUAAGCGCGAGGCGAUUCGAGAUCAGCUCCGUCAACGAAAGACGAGAUCGCGGGAGCGCGCUAAAGAAAGACAGCAGCUCGAGCGCCAGGGCGCGGGAGCUUCACAGCAGCCUGAGGGAGCCUCAGACCAGGAUGCGCGCACCGUCCCCGCCCCCGUGCCGCCCCGAGAUGGACUCUCCGUGGCGGUGCGCGAACCUCAGCGAGUUUUCGGCGAUCUGGAGGCCAAGGUGUACGAUGGGGUCAAGGUGGACGAGGCAUGGGUCACGGCCGCGAGGUACAUGUUGGAAAAACAUGUCGUCACCACGGGUCAUAAUCGCGAGGUGGAGGGGAGGCGCACGCGGUACGCGUACGUCUACAAUAGGAAUUUGAAGCCCCAGUGGAACGGGCGCAAAGGCUGCGAACACAUCGAGAAGCUCAAAUUCCUGGAAAGGGUCCUCGCCAAACGCGCCACGAUGCACGUCGGCAACGUCGAGGUGGAGCUCGAGAUGAUGAUCGCCCGAGAGUACACGGGCGGACCGAGCGAGGAUGAAGUCGUCCAUAUACACACGGACAUGGUGUACGACGGGGAGAAGCCAGACCGCCGCGAGGUCGUAAGUGUCGUAUUCGUGUUGGAGGGUGGCUUCAAAGAGUCUGGGUACGAUGUGCGGAUCCACGGCGAGGAUGCCAAGGGGAAGAUAGAGCUUUACCCGCAACUGGAGACGGGGGAUCAGCUCUUCAUGGCUGGGGGGGAAUUCGGCGUCGCACACGACGUUGGGUUCUUCGGAAACCCUAGGCGGCAGGAGUGGAAGAAGAGGCUCACCAUCGUGGCGUUUUACGCGGUGGGAAGGAGGUCACUUACUCCGGGCUGAAUCCGCGGGCUCGGACGUUCGACGCCGCGGGGUUCAAUUCUCGGGCGCACUCAUUCGCUGACGUUACGAUAGAUGUGUCAUUCAUUUCAUCUGACUUUUUUCUCCUC